AUGCAGGCCCUGCUGCUUUUGCUGGUCCUUCUCUUGCCUCAUGAAGCUGGAGCUGCGGAAAUUAUCAGUGGUACAGAGUGCAAGCCACACUCCUGACCCUAAACGGCCCAUCUGGAAAUCCUUACCGACCAGGGUUAGUUUGUCACCUGCGGUGGGUUUCUCAUAAGUCAACAAUUUGUCAUGACAGCUGCUCAUUGUAAAGGAAAGAAAAUUACUGUCACUCUGGGAGCUCAUGACAUGAAAAAUCAGGAACCCACAUGGCAGAGGCUGCAAGUCUCAGAACAAAUCGUUCACCCCAGUUACAGCGCUCUCACCAAACUUAGUGACAUCAUGUCACUGAAGAUGCCACAUGGACACUCUACCACCUUAGCCCCACUCUCCCUGGGACUGACAACCCGUCUACUGCCCUCCCUCACAGCAAAAGCAACAGCUGAGCUGACCCAUGCCAUGGGCACGACACCCCUGCCUUCCCAGUCUGCCGUUGUUCCCCCUGGGAGAAUCUGCCACGCGGCUGGCUGGGGGAAAAUAGGAGUCACAGAGCCAGAGUCAGACACUCAGAGGGAGGUGAACCUGAGAGACGUAGGCACCCAAGCCUGCAACCAAUAUAUGUUUUACAAUCAUAACUUGCAAAUCUGGGUGGGUGAUCCCGGGAAGACAGGAUCAGCAUUCAAGUGGUAUUCUGGACACCCCCUUCUGUGCACUGGGGUGGCCCAAGGAAUUGUGUUUUAUGGAGAUAAAAAUGGAAAGCCUCCUGCUGUCUUCACUUGAAUCCUCCCA